AUGAUUAUGGCAGAGCAAGCGAGGCCUCCACAAGAUAUACCACUUGUCAAUGAUGAUCAUCUAUUGGACAGGUGUUUUAUCUGUCUGAAUGAUUAUGCAGAUGUUGGUAGUGCAAACAUUCUUAUCCCAUGUGGGCAUGGAUGGUGUUGCGAUUCAUGUGGAUUAAGGCUCAACAACUGUCCAAUAUGUACAGACCAAUUUCCGCGGAUGCAAAGAAUCCAGAUUAUGCAUAUUAACUAUGGAACACAGAGUAAAUACUUUAAUUAA